AUGGUAGAAGAUUGUAUAGAGGAAUGUGUUUCUGAGUUUUUUCAAAAGUUGUAUGAAAAAGAUAAUCAGAUUACUACUUUUUCUGUGGACGAUAUGAAUAUUAUUAAUCAAGUGAAAAAACCAUUUAGAUCUCGUUAUCUUACAGAUUCAAAUAAAGUAUUUUCUUAUAAUGCCUGGGAUGAUGUAGAAUGGGAUGAUGAGCAGAAAAAAAUAGCUAUUGAAAAAAUUAAUAAGCAAAUGUCAAGUCCUGUUAUUGAUAAAGAAAAAUAUAUGAAUAACCAAUCUCUUUUCUGGGACAAAUUUUAUCAAAAUCAUAAAACUCAUUUUUUUAAAAAUAGGAAAUGGUUAUUUCAUGAAUUUCCUCAGAUAUUCGAUUGUAUUUGUUCUUAUUCUGGUAAGAAAUAUAUUCUAGAAAUUGGAUGCGGUGUUGGAAAUACUAUGUUUCCUAUUUUGUUACAAAAUAAGAACCCAUUUCUUGUAAUUCAUGGAGUUGAUUAUUCAAGAAAGGCUAUUGAAAUACUAGAAAGAUCCGAAUUCUUUUCGGGAAAUAAUAUACGGGCAUCUGUUUGGGAUAUGGCUAAUUUAAAUGGAGAAUUUCCAGAAGGAGCAACUAAUGUAGAUAUUGUUAUACUAAUAUUUGCUUUUAGUUCCUUAUCACCAAGUCAAUGGAAUAUUGCUAUGUUGAAACCAGGUGGCAUAAUUUUAUUUCGUGAUUAUGGACGCUGGGAUAUGACACAAUUACGUUUUAAAAAGGAAAGAUUUCUUGAAGAUAAUUUUUAUAUAAGAGGGGAUGGUACUAGAGUAUAUUUUUUUAGUCAUGAACAAAUACCAGAAAUUUUUGGGAAAUUAUUUAAAAUAGAACGUAAUGAAUUAGAUAAACGACUUUUAGUAAAUCGUGCUACUAUGCAAAAAAUGUAUAGGAUUUGGAUCUAUGGAGUUUUUAAGAAAAUUUGA